ACUACUUCCGUGUUUGCGCCCGUCCUUCUUGCCUCGUCUCGCUGCUCCUGCAGACUCAGUGAAGAGUGUCUUGUGGCUACUGUUUUGGGAUAAAUAAUCAUGUCUCUGGAAGUGGAAUCCGCAGACGUGAUCCGUCUGAUCAUGCAGUACCUGAAGGAGAACAAUCUGCAGCGGACUCUGGUCACCCUGCAGGAGGAGACCACCGUGUCUCUGAACACCGUGGACAGCAUAGAGAGCUUUGUGGCCGACAUCAACAGCGGCCACUGGGACACCGUGCUGCAAGCCAUCCAGUCCCUCAAGCUGCCCGAUAAGACCCUGAUCGAUCUCUACGAGCAGGUGGUGUUGGAGCUGAUUGAGUUAAGAGAGUUGGGUGCCGCCCGUUCCCUCCUCAGGCAGACCGACCCCAUGAUCAUGCUGAAGCAGACCCAGCCGGAGAGAUACAUCCAUCUGGAGAACCUGCUGGCUCGUUCUUACUUUGAUCCCAGAGAGGCGUACCCAGACGGCAGCAGUAAGGAGAAGCGCCGGGCAGCCAUCGCCCAGGCUCUGGCGGGGGAGGUCAGCGUGGUGCCGCCCUCUCGUCUCAUGGCGCUGCUGGGACAGUCUCUGAAGUGGCAGCAGCACCAGGGCCUCCUGCCGCCCGGUAUGACUAUUGAUUUGUUCAGGGGUAAGGCUGCGGUCAAGGAUGUGGAGGAGGAGCACUUCCCUACACAGCUGUACAGACACAUCAAGUUUGGACAGAAAUCUCACGUGGAGUGUUCCAGAUUCUCCCCCGACGGUCAGUACCUGGUCACCGGCUCUGUGGACGGCUUCAUUGAGGUUUGGAACUUCACCACCGGCAAAAUCAGAAAGGAUCUGAAGUACCAGGCUCAAGAUAACUUCAUGAUGAUGGACGACGCGGUGUUGUGUAUGGGCUUCAGUCGAGACACGGAGAUGUUGGCCACCGGAGCCCAGGAUGGAAAGAUCAAGGUGUGGAAGAUCCAGAGCGGUCAGUGUCUGAGGCGGUUCGAGCGCGCUCACAGUAAAGGAGUGACGUGCGUUAGCUUCUGUAAAGACAGCAGUCAGCUCCUCAGCGCCUCCUUCGACCAGAUCAUCAGAGUUCACGGCCUGAAGUCGGGUAAAACACUCAAGGAGUUCCGCGGCCACACCUCCUUUGUGAACGAGGCGGCGUUCACUCCAGACGGCCACCACAUCAUCAGCGCCUCCUCGGACGGGACCGUCAAGAUGUGGAACAUGAAGACCUCCGAGUGCACCAACACCUUCAAACCUCUGGGCACGUCGGCCGGCACCGACAUCACGGUCAACAACGUCAUGCAGCUGCCCAAGAACCCGGAGCACUUUGUGGUGUGCAACCGCUCCAACACGGUGGUCAUCAUGAACAUGCAGGGACAGAUCGUGAGGAGCUUCAGCUCCGGUAAAAGGGAAGGCGGAGACUUUGUGUGCUGCACCCUGUCGCCCCGCGGCGAGUGGAUCUACUGCGUGGGAGAAGACUUUGUGCUCUACUGCUUCAGCACCGUCACCGGCAAGCUGGAGAGAACGCUGACGGUCCACGAGAAGGAUGUGAUCGGCAUCGCCCACCACCCCCACCAGAACCUGAUCAGCACCUACAGCGAGGACGGCCUGCUGAAGCUCUGGAAGCCCUGAUGGGGCUUCGGCCCGAACUGAGGCUGGACGUACUCGCGCUGCACGAUGCUCCGCCCGCUCUGUUUUUUGGGAGGGAGGUGCGUCUCGUUUGGGUCACUGUGAACUGUUUUUCAUGUUGACGAUAUCAUCAGCACAGCUUAGUACAGGUGAACCUUCUCAUUUUCUUCUUUUUUUUUCUACGAUGAGAGUUAGUGGAUUAAGAGCCGUGUUUACCUGAAGCCGUUUGUCCAACACAGCGAUGAUGAAUCAUUUGCUCAACUUGUCGUUCUUGACAUGGGUGAAUCUUCAAGUGAAGCAGACUUGCAAUCUUUACAAAUAAUCUGAAACUUUUCAUCACACAUUAUUUAGAAAGUUAUUUGGCCCGAUUUUAAAAUAAUUGUAUUCAUCUGUGAUAUUGUUUCAGGUUGUCCAGAAAAACAUUCAGAGAGUAGAUCCACAACUCAGUUGUUUUUGAAACUCCACUUUUUUGUAAAUAUAUUUUCUAUUCUCUAAAACCUGGUUCGACAGUGUUUAGUUGUUUUGUGUUUAGUUGCAUCACCCCAGGUUCUUUUAUAUAUAUUUUGUAUCCUGAAAUAAUUUUUUCUUUCAACACAACUAAAUAAUACAAUUUGAUACCAGUUAUUUUCAGAAAUUAUUUCCCACAUUGAGUAUACAUUUGGAAUUAAACUUAAUAUUUCAAUAUUCUGUGCCAUUAAAGCUGUUUAACCAGAACAAUGAAGGGGAAUUAGCUUUUUUUUUUUUUUAAAUCUGUCUUCACUUGAAAUAUCGCAGGAUCUGAAUACUGGAACACAUUAAAAUGUUUAAACGUGUGGGGACUUCAGACUCCAAAACUGGAAUCAUCUCCAGUUAUCUAUCCGUCUGAAAAGCAUAAGAAAUGAAAAUAUUGAGAUGGGUUGAGUCUGACUUUAAAUGGCAGAUCAAAAUGGUAAAGUUUAUUUCAACAUGAGGAGUCAAUGUGUUCUUCAGUUUGUGGUUUUGGGAAUAAGAAAUGUUCUUUGCGUCCCUCAAAGUGUCCAAAGGUCACCAUCCCUGAUGUGUACAGUAUGUUUAGUGGGGUUAUGGCCUCCGUUUGAGGAGAGCGGAUUCAACUCUUUUCCUCUCAAAAAACACAUUUUUUCUCUGGUUGCCCCCAAAAUCAAA